AGCCAUUGAAAUACAUAAGUACUUGUACUCUCUCUCUCUCUCUCUCUCUCUCUCUCUAUCUACCCCCUACAGAUAAUUAGAAGAAAGAACAGAGUCCUUGCGGUUGACCUCUUUCCGAUAUCAUUUUCGUCUGUCUUCGUUGGUCUUGAUAUAUCCGGUUCGGUUUCUGUGGAUGCAGACGCAAGAACUUAGCAACAAUCCAACAGAAACAACCACGGCCGAAGAAUUUCUGUGAACACAACCUAGGAUUAGUUUAAUUCAAAGGCCGGGAAUUUUGGUGCGUCUGAUUUUGUUGAAACUUGGAGGCAAAGGAAGUGGUAGAAACCAUCCCAGAAUUUCUGUAAGAAAAAGGACAGGUGAAUUCGGAAUUUCGACGCGAUUAAGGCAUACGUGCAUCGAGUUAUGGCAAGUUUAGAGACCACCACGAACAUCCACAUGCAAGUUCAAGUCAGACCUUCAUCCGUAAACCAAAUCAAGACGCAAGAACCUAUCGACAUUCCAACCGAAACAACCACGGCAGGACAAUUCCUCAGGAGGCUCUUUAAACUUCUUUUUUACUUGCACUUGAUUUUCAUCACCAUCUUCGUAAUCUUCCUUACGCUCUAUGGCCUUAUCUUCACCACUCGCACUCGCCAUUUCCGACCCCUCGAGUAUUACCCUCCAUUGCUCACUGCAAUUGGGUGUUCUGCAACUGUUGCUUUCAUAUGGCAGUGGAUCACUAGCUCAAGCCCUUCAAAAGCCAUCCAGGUAGCCUUCUCGCUCAGCCCUCUGCUAACAUGCGCAGUUGGUGUACUACUUAUAUACAUAAGUUCUCGUGUAAGUUUGGCAGCGGGUGUGAUUGCCAUCGUUUGUGCCCUCAUUCAGUCUCUGUAUGGCUGUUGGGUCAGUCCCCGUUUUAACUACGCCAUUCGAGUUUUAUCAGUUUCCACUGCUUUUCCUCCUCCGAAAACUACAAUACUAGUCAUUCAAUCAAUUUUCGUCAGCAUUCUUUACUUGUGUCUCUUGGUUGCCGGCAUUGGAAGAGCCACUGCCAUCAGAAGUAGUUGGAAGGCCCUGUUCAUCGCAGUAAUAUUGCUAAGCAUGGCAUGGACGAUGCAGGUAAUCAAGAACACGCUGCUAGUUACCAUCUCACGAAUCAAGUAUAUGAACUUCGCAUUUGGAAUAGAGAUUGACACACGUGAGGCUUCCCGCGACACCAUUAAGCACUUGACUGGGAGUAUUUGCAUCGGCUCCAUCUUGGUUCCGGUUCUUGGGGUUGUUCGCGGCUCAGCCCGAGCCAUGAAACUGACUGCAGGGGACACCGACGAGUUUCUGUUUUCGUGUGCCAACUGCUAUUCAAGAAUGGCUUCGACGCUGGUGAUGUACGGGAAUCGCUGGGGUUUUGUGCACGUAAGUGCGUAUAAUAAGGGGUUUGUGCAGGCAUCAUCAGAUACUUGGGAGAAGUUCGAGAACGAAGGACUGAAAGAAUUAAUCGACUCCGAUCUCACCGGAUCGUUCUGUUUUCUUUCUGGGGUGGCAGUAGGUGCAAUCUGCAGUCUAGUGAGCGGGACCUGGGCUCUUAUAAUUCACAAAAGCUAUGCUACAGAAGUUUCGAUAUACGCAUUCUUCAUCGGAUAUUUCAUGUGUCGGGUUGCUAUGGCAUGGCCGCAAGCAUGUGUUUCGUCUUACUACGUGGCGUAUUCAGAGGAUCCACAGAGCGUUAGAUUUGAUUCGACCAUACCUGCUCGUGUUGAAGAGCUCCAGAGAUUCCAAGCAUAAGAACCGCAAGCUAUCAACAAGUGAUCAAGCCUAUUGCAGGAGCGGUCGAGUAGGAUCCUCUGCGUCCAGUUUUCUAGUCGACUAGUAACAACAUACAGUUUUCUGUAAAUGAUAUGUAGUUCUGAACAUUCAACACGAUAAAGGGCACAUAAAUCUGACGAAGAACACCA